ACCGGCUGCUUUUUGUCGUGGAGUGCCCGCUACAUAUGACCGUAAUGUCACUCGGGCUGCUAUGACCGGCUGUAAUUACGUUGAUGUCAUCAGGAAGUCGUGCGUAUACUAUUUGGAGACCAUCCAUUAGGCUGUGACGAAGAAGGCAUCUCCGGGAGAGAGAGAGAGAGAGAGAGAGAGAGAGAGAGAGAGAGAGAGGUGAGCUAUGGAGACUGCGAAGAAAAUGGUGCACUCGAUGUCACGUCUUCGUCAGAUGAGCUGGAAGAAGCUGAGCCUCAUCGGUGCUGGUGUGGGACUGGCAGCUAUGGCGUUGAUGAUGCUCACUGUCGUGACGUUGGUAGUUGGUACUCCCGUGUUAAUCUUCGGAGGGAUCGCCCUUCUGCUGGUCUCACCAUGCCUCUGCUGCACUGCCCCGCUAUGGCUACCCCCUCUUCUCUUCAUCGGCAUCCCUACGCUGAUYUUCUUCGUCGUAACUGGAGGAAUUGCAAUGUUUCUUGCAGUGAUGACGAGUGUGGGUUCGUGGUGGCUGUACCGGUACCGCAGGGGCCCUAUGCCUCCAGGUGGCCACCUUGUUGAGCGCAUGAUCGACCGCCUCAGGAAUGCAGCUAGUAGGACCAAGAGCACCUUGAAAAGCACACGAGAUGGAGUUUAUCAGGUGGCGUCUGCACGUCUGAUCGAGCCCGAACUGUGACAGGAAGAAGCGAUGUCUGAAUCAGUCUGCUGUCGGAGAUUACGUUCUGUACCAUGCAGAACGCACUAAAUAAUACGGCCCGUGAAAAGCGACUGGAGAAAGUGAACCGAAGGACGAAAUGUCUUUCUGUUUUUUUGGUUAAAGAUAAAGUGUAGUAUCAUUCUUAUCAGUUCAAUAUCUGAUCCAUGGUUGGAUCCACGCAAAAAAAUAAAAAAAAGGAAGGAGGUUUUACUGUUGGCAGGUAGCCUUUUUCUCCUGAUGCGAGCGUCCCGUGCUAUUUUUGGCACACUGGCCAGUGGCCACACAGCUUUCGAUCUCAGGGAUGCGGGUGGUUCUCGAUCACGGCUGUGUGGCCUGUGUUGGCGGAGAAUCUUCUGAGUACCAAUCAGCAUGUCAGCUCUAACGCAUAUGAUAGUACGCGUUAUCAAUAGACAAAGGGAAAAUUACAAAGGAAGGUUUAGGGAAAAUUACAAACGAAGGUUUUCUUUUUUAUUUUCUUUUUUUGUUACGCACAGGGGCCAUGCUAAUAUUUUCUGUAUCGUUCCAAUUUUAACGGAUGUACGUUUUUCUUCUUUAUUUUCUCUUUUUUGACGUACAGUGGCCAUGCUAGUGUCCUCUGUAUCGUUCCAAAUUUAACAGA